AUGGAAGGCCGGGGACCGGUGGCAGAGCUGCAGCGCUCCACCAUCUGCCCUAUCUGCAGGGGUCCCUUCAAGGACCCGGUGCUGCUGGACUGUGACCACAGCUACUGCCGAGCCUGCAUCACGGGCCAGUGGGAACGGGAGAGGGCGGGGGUGCUGUCCUGCCCCCAGUGCCAGCAGGUCUUCGAGCGGCGCAGCCUGCGCACCCACGUCAAACUGGCCGUGGAGGUCAAGAUCGCCCAGAACCUCAAAGCCAAGAUGGCCCAGGAGGCCCUGGCGCCCAAGCGCCGCCGGCAGCGCGGUGGCUGGAUCCCGGUGUCGGUCAUGCCAGAGGGGCAGGGUGUCGGGAAAAUCUGCAGAUAG